AUGGUAUUCGAACUACACAUUUGGGGUCCGGCAUUUGGGCUGCCUUCAAUCGACCCACAAUGUAUUGCCAUUGUUGCGUACUUUGCUUUAGCUGUGCCGGCGAAGGAAAGGGGUCCCGACGGAGAGCUGGAACAAUGGGUGUUGGUGGCAGAUAAUGAUCCUGGGAUGGUCCCUACCAAUGAAUUACCAGCAUUAUGGACGGGAACGAGAUGGAUCAGUCGGUUCAGGAAUAUCGUAGCGUAUCUGAGCCAAUACUCCAACGGAGAAUGGGACUUGGAUCGGUGGAUGGGUCAAAAAGAGAGGGCAGAUUGCAUAGCAUUUUCAUCCUUUCUCGAAUCCCAAGGCCAGCCCCUCAUUGACCUGUCUCUUUACGUGUCGAGUGAGAAUUACAAUAAUGUAACUUCGCUAGCAUAUGCAACACUUCUCCAAUGGCCUAACCAAUGGAUAAUGCCGCCACAAAUUCGAACAACGGCAAAGAAACGGACGGAACAUCUUGGGCUUACAUCACUUGAUCUAGAUGUAAUGGUAGAAGAGGAGCGACAACAGGCGCGGGAUCCCAGCAACCUAGCAAACAAGAUCCCGAAAGGUCUUGUGCGCAAGCCUCAGGCGACAGUGAGUGAUAUACUGAGCAAAACGUCAAAACGAAACCGGAUACGACUCGAGGGUAUAACCGGGGCAUUUGUGGCACCCUUAGAAGAACUUCUAGGACGGAAAGGGUAUCUGCUAUCAUCGGAAAUUCCGUCGACCCUAGACUGUUUGGCAUUGGGCUAUCUCUCACUGGCCCUAGUUCCAAAGCUUCCGUACCCGUGGUUGCGGGAUGCUGCCACAGGACAAGCUCCGCGAUUAGCAGCCUACGCAGACCAGUUGCGGUCACGGUGUUUCGGAGCGGUACCUAUAGAGGUUUCCAUAGCUUUCACGGAUAGCCCAGCGCUCGCCUCUAGUUUGCCGUGGCGAUCUCCGGAGCAAGUUAGCUUUGCAGCAGUAGGAAGGCGAGCCCUGGAAGGCAUUGCGGAUUCGAUUCCGAUUGUGCGGCAGAUUAGAACCAACGCCAGAUUGCAACGGGCGGGAGCGGAGGCGGAGGGGGAUAGUGAGGAGAAGGAGUUAGUGACGAAAGUGGCCACGAUACAGCGGAGAGAGCUAUAUACAUCGAUAGCGACAGUGUUGGCUGGCCUAGGCGUGUUUGUGGGAUAUGUGCUAUAUUCGGGGUUAGUGGCCGAAAUGGCCGAUGGAGAAGAGGGAGAAGAGGAGGACGAAGAGGAGGAGGAUUUGGACGAAGACAAGAAGGAUGCAGAAAGCAAGCAGUGGGGUUCAGCUCAGGAGAAAUCUGCGGAUGAAGCCCAAAAGUCCGCAUCGCGACUUGGAGAGGCGGGCGCUAUAUUGGGGAUCUGA